UGUGCAUUAUUUCUGCCGUGGAUGUGAAGCUUAAAAACUAGUCUCUAAGACAGAUUUGGACGUGUAAAAUGGCAUCUGAAGGUUUUACUGAGGUGGACUUCACUUGUCCUGUGUGCUUUGACUUUUUCAUAAACCCUGUUGUUCUGAACUGCAGUCACAGCAUCUGUUCAAACUGCAUCCAGGCGUUUUGGGAAAGUAAGGGAAUUAGGGAAUGUCCCAUGUGCAGAGAGAUAUCGACAGUGAAUGAUCCUCCGUUAAAUCUGGCUUUGAAGAACCUGUGCGAGACCUUCCAGCAGGAGCGAAGUCAAGGACCUUCCUCGGGAGCCGAGGCCGUCUGCAGCGCUCACAGAGAGAAGCUGAAGCUCUUCUGUCUGGAUGAUCAGCAGGCCGUGUGUUUGGUGUGUCGAGACUCCAAACUACACACCGACCACAGCUUCUGUCCCAUAGAUGAAGCCGUGCACAAUAACAAGGAGAAACUCAAAGCUGUACUGGAAAACUUACGGGAGAAGAUGGGAAUAUUUGAUUAUUUUAAACAGACGUUGGAUCGGACUGCUGAUAUUAAUAAGGUUCAUACCGAAGAAGCAGAAGAGAAGAUCAAGAUGGAGUUCGAGGAGCUUCGAGAGAUUCUACGCAACGAAGAAGUGGCCAGAAUAACAGUGCUGCGAGAGGAAGAGAAGCAGAAGAGUCAGAUGAUAAAGGAGAAGACUGGGAAGACCAGCAAACAGAUCGUAUCUCUCAAAUGUGCGAUCAGAGAUGUAGAGCAGCAGAUGAAGACUGAAGAUGAUUCAUUCCUGCAGAACUUUAAGAGCACAUUGCAAAGAUCCCAGUUCAGCCUGCCAGAUCCGGGGAAUGUUGCCGAUUUGCUGAUCAAUACCCAAGAAUACCUGAGUGACCUGAGGCUCACUGUGCUCCAGAAGAUUGACAGCUCCAGGGGGGAGCCCAGUGUGAGGGGGGCCCAGACUAACAGACGGGGCCACAGUGCCAGAGCGGGGCCCAGUGUCAGGGGGGACCCCACUUUCAGAGGAGGCCAGAAUUUCAGAGGGAACCCCAGCAUCAGGGGGGAUGCCAGUUUUAAGGAGGACCCUACUUCCAGAGGGGGACAACAUUUUAAAAGGGGGCACAACCCUAGAGGGGACCCCAGUUUCAGGGGUGGGCAAAAUUUUAAGGAGGACCACAGUAACAGAGGGGACCCAAGUUUCAGGGGUGGGCAAAAUUUUAAGGAGGACCACAAUAACAGAGGGGACCCGAGUUUCAGGGGGGGCCACAAUUUUAGGGAGGACCACAGUAACAGAGGGGACCCCAGUUUCAGGGGGGGCCACAAUUUUAGGGAGGACAACAGUAACAGAGGGGACCCCAGUUUCAGGGGGGGCCACAAUUUUAGGGAGGACAACAGUAACAGAGGGGACCCCAGUUUCAGGGGGGGCCACAAUUUUAGGGGAAACACCAAUUUGCGAGGGGAUCACAGGGGCCACAGUACUGGGGGAGAACAUAGAUUCAGAGGGGCCCGGAAUUACAGAGGGGCCUUUAAUAGCGAUGGGGCCAAAGCUCCAGAGGGUGCAGAGGAGUUCUAGGGGGGCCCUGAGGGGGUCACGUUAAGCUUAGCCGGCUGUACCCUCAACCAGCAAUACAACUAUACAAAUGAGUAAAAAAUAUGUUGCAUUCUGAAAAUAGCAAAUGCAAAAAUUUAAUUUAUUGAAAGUUCCAGAGUAAACUGCACUGAAACUAUUUCUAUUCAGAAACUACAAAGAAAGGGGAAAUUAAACAUGACAUUUUGAAGUAAAAAGACUGAAGUAAAAAGUUUUUUUUAAUGUAAAAGUUCUCUAGCAGUUUUUAUUUUGAUUACAACUUUGUUAAGCAUAGAGGUUUAUUAUUUCCUCAUGAGUUUUUUGAUGGACAGUUUAUUGAUAACAGACAACGGUUUAAAGACGGUGAAUAGAAUUAACAUUCACACAGAACACAGAGUAGAAGAAUAGAAAGAUACUUCUAUUAUCAACUUAUUUUGAACGAAUCUGUUUAAUAUUUUACUAUAUUAUCAUCCGAUUUUCAUAACUUUUAUUUGUUUAUUGUUUUGCACAAGGUUUUUCAAUAGCCUUUUUAACAGUUUAUACAGCCAUAUAAAUCUGAUUUAUUUUUUCCAUUUGAAUAGAUUCUGUUUAAUGGUUGAAUUACAUAUUAGCAAUAAAAACAUGUCUAAUUAAAUGAAAUAUAAGGUAGGAAAGAAUCAGUAAAGAAGCAGUGUAACAUGCUAAUGACUUUGAAACUGAUAUUAUGAGUUAAUAAAACAUACAUGCAGUUAGUACCAUAGUU